AUGGAAACUACAACCAUCACCACCACGCAGACUGCAUUCACCUUUGGACUUACUGAAAGACGCGCCAGCCUCAGCCUGCACGCCCCGGCCCAGGACUGCACGGUCCCCGCGGCGCACCCCAACACCAGCGCUGCCGGCUUCCAAAGCAAAACCAAGGUGCUGAAGAGACAGCGCUCCAGCUCGCCGGAGCUCCUGCGCUGCAAGCGGCGCCUAAGCUUCAACGGCCUCGGCUACUCCAUCCCUCAGCAGCAGCCCGUGGCAGUGGCCCGGCGGAACGAAAGAGAGAGAAACCGGGUCAAACAAGUCAACAUGGGUUUCCAAACGCUGCGUCAGCAUGUGCCCAACGGCGCCGCCAACAAGAAGAUGAGCAAAGUGGAAACCCUGAGGUCUGCGGUGGAGUAUAUCAGGGCUUUACAGCAACUUCUGGACGAGCACGACGCUGUGUCAGCUGCUUUUCAGUGCGGGUUGCCGUCCCCGACACUUUCCAACAGCUACUCCGCCGACCCGGAGUCGCCUCACUCCACUUACUCAUCAGACGAAGGUAGUUAUGAGCCCCUGAGCUCCGAGGAACAGGAGCUGUUGGACUUUACAACCUGGUUCGACAGGUACUGA